CUCGAAGUUAAAUCCAGCAUGACAUUAUAGUGAAUACACAAUGGCAAAGAUGGAUGUCUCAGAUGAGCCUACUCUAAGGCAGCUUUUCGAGGCAGGCUGGGAAGCACAGAGAAAGACAGAGUCCGGGGAACUGAGCUCAAACACUCAAGACUACAAAGUGUUGGUAUGUGAUGGAGUGUCUUCACUAGAGAGGGCGACUCGUCUGGUGAACCAACUGUCUCUGUUCAGUGGGAACGAGGCCGUGGAGGAACUACCAACCUCUGAUCUGAGAUACCUCCUCCUACCUGCCCUGCUGGGAGACCUCACUCUGCAACACAACGAUGGAGAGAGACUCGAGUGCUUGUCCAGAGCCAGGGUCUACUUUGUGGACUACCUGCAACGCUGCAAGAGCUACUCCAUCACUCAACAGGACCCUCCUACUAAGAGGGAGGCUGGCGCUAGCAGUGUCUCACAAAAAGGCCAAAACUACGAGCAGGCCUCCUCUGACAGAGCUACCAAGAUAGCAAGACUGAGGGCUAAGAAAGAAAUGGAGAAAAAGAUACAAGGGCUGGCAGAUCGACUUAAGGUCAGUUCAUCCGAAGAUAGCGAUGACUUGCUGAGGGAGCACUUGUUAGCCGUGUUGCAAUACUGGGUGAUCAAAUGUCAGGAGGGUGUGGUCUCAAUCGAUCAAGAAAUUGAAUUAUUAGAGGGCAUGGCACAAAUGCGGGACGGUCCUGGACGAGUUGCUAUGCAACAAGGUGCCAAACCACCCCCUCCAAACCGAAGACCAAACCCUCCCAUUGUAAUCACAAGAGACAUGAUACAGGGUAAAGUGUUCGGAGGAGGCUACCCCAGUCUGCCAUCCAUGAGUGUGGAGGAAUGGUUUGAUGAGCAGUACGGAGGAACACGGCCUCCUGUGCCCAAGAGCAGGGUGGAGGGGGAGGAAGAGGAGGAGGAGGAAGAAAAGGAAGAAACUGAAGAGUCGCUGAAACAGGCUCGAGACUUUGACGAACAUAAAGAUUCUAACAGACGAGGCUGUGGCAAUAGAAAGAACAUGGGAUGAGCACAUGACCUGAACUGUCACUAGAUACAUGUUUAUACAGCUCUGUAUUUUGCAAUAAUAAUUAAUGAUUGAA